CACCGUGGAGGGCGAGGAGAGGAACGUGUACAUGUCGUACAUGUGGCGGCAGGCCGACGUCUCGAUGCCGCUCAACGGGGUGUCCCCCGAGGCCCGGUGCGCGCAAGAGGGUAGAAGUCGGAGGAAGCGGCGAGGCCUCUGUUGAUGAGCCCGCGCUCGUUGCAAGCAAGAUACCCUGCAAAGCAGGCUUGCUAUUCGCGGCGGGGUUCCUCAUGAGGUUUGGUUUCGCCUCCGUCGAGAGCAUAGCGGGCUUCUAUUUGAUGGACACGUAUUUCGAUGGCGACGACAAAGCGUCUGCACGCUUCUUCGGCGUCUGUAUGGUUUUGGCUGGAGUCCUGAUGUUCUUGUGUGCGGGGGUCUUGUACAAGCCCCUGCUGAGUCGCUUCGGCGAGCGAUUAUUAGUUAUUUACGGCGCUGCCCUGCGAGCCAGCGCUUUCGCCCUGCAGGCGUUUGCUCCCUCGCAGUGGUGGUUUGCGGUCGCUUUCAUGCUCGUCGGGGGCGGCACCAUGUUUACCUUUCCUACAAUACAGUCAGCCUUGACAAAGAUGUGCGACAAGUCAAUCUAUGGCCGCGCCCUCGGCGCCUUGCAGAGCUUCCAGGCACUUGGCCGCACGUCUGCUCCAAUAUUGUUCGGGUACUUAUACGACCGCACGAGUCACAGGAUCUCGGGGGGGUCGGAUUUUUCAUAUGCUCUGGCCUGACCGUGGCCGCUGGUGUGCUGAUGAUGCCACUCCCGAUGUCCAGGCCCAGCGCCGGUGGAGCCGCGCCCAGCAGUGAGGCAGCCGCUUAGGAUGCGGAGAACUGCGUAGGAGGG